AGUAAGUAGCCACUGCAAGUAGCAAACCCGGCGAAAUAGGAAGCUGAGGAAGCGACGUUCGUCGCGAAUUUAUCGGUCUUCUUUAUUUGCGAUUGGCAUAUAUACCUGGCACCAUGAGUAACGCUGAGGAAUCGUUAGUAGCUGGUCUCGUGUAUAACUAUUUGUUGAAGAAAGAUGCAUCAUUGGCGACGGUUUUUCAGAAGAAGACGAAAGCGCCUAUCCUACGAAAAGAAAUUCCAACAUUAUUGGAAGUAAUUAAGUAUUUCCAAAAGAACUCUUCCAAAAAGAUCCCAUUAGUCACACAAGUAACUAAGGAAAGCAGUUCGGAUUCAAGCUCGGAAAGUGAAGAAGAAACAGGAAAAAAUGCACAAGUUAAUGGCAAAGCAGUGGAGACAGUGGCUCUUAAAAAGAUAGCAAAAUCGUCUUCGUCGGAUACUUCCGACGAAGAAGAUACUAAUGAUCCAGAAGUACGAAAGAAAAAUAUGUUAAAAUUAAAUGCAAGACUACAUGCUCUCUCCGAACGUAUGAAGGAGGAAGAUGAGAAGGAAUCAAUUGAGCUAUCUCGUCGAGCGAAAGAAGCUUCAAGGGCUAUAAUUAAAUCUAUGCGAUUACGGGCCAAUAAAUCUGAUACAUCUGAUUUAUCUUCCAGCGAUUCAUCUUCAACGAGUCCUAACGUUCAAACGGUAAAUUCAAAAAUUACUAAACAGUUAGCAAUGAAGACAUCCACACCCAUAACGAAUGCAGCUUCAAAAACACAAUUACAAAAACAGAAUAAAUCAGCAACAUUGGUUACAAACAAGAGCAAAGGUCGUGAUGUGAAUGCAUUGAAUGAGAAUGUACAGAAAAAACCAGUUGUCAGUAAAUCUACAGUGCCAGCAAAACAAAUUACCAUGGAAGAAUCUUCUAGCGAUGAUGAUAGCAGCGACGAACAGCAGUCUGUUGAGAAAUCAACUUCGUCGGCAACUGCUGUGCAAAAAAAUUCUUCUUCGAGCGAAGAAGAGAGCAGCGAAGAGGACGUUAAGACAGUCGCAACAAAAGCUACUGUAACUUUGAAGACACAGAAUCAGAAUAAGCCAGCAAAAGCAGUUAAAAAAUCGGAGUCGUCAUCAAGUGAAGAAAGCAGCGACGAAGAAGAAACGCCUCAAAAAGUAGCUCUCAAUAAACCAGCUGCACCAGUAAAAUUAACUACCAAGAAAGAGUCUUCAAGCGAAGAUAGCGAUGAUAGCGAUGAUAGCGAAGAGGAGCAGCCUGUUAAGAAACCAACUCCAGCAGCCACCACCAAGAAAACAACUCCAGCAGUCGCUGCUAAGAAAACAACUUCAGCAGUCGCCACUAAGAAAACAAAAUCUUCCUCGAGCGAAGAAAGUAGCGAAGAUGAAAAACCUAUUAAAAAACCAGCUCUUUCUAAUCAAAGUACUGCUAAUAAAAUUAGUUCUGGAAAGAAAGAUUCGUCAAGCGAAGAUUCAGAAGAUGAAUCUGAUGAAGAAGAAAACUCAGCAACAAUGAUAGUAACAAAAGCAGCGCUUGAGAAAACGCCAGUUAUCGCUAAUCGAAAUACUAACAAAAUUAGUUCUGUAAAGAAAAAAGAUUCAUCGAGCGAGGAUUCAGACGAUGAAUCUGAUGAAGAAGAGAAACCAGUAACAGUGGCACCUAGUAAAACGCCAGCUCUCACUAAUCAAACUGCUAGUAAAAUUAGUUCUGUAAAGAAAAAAGAUUCGUCAAGUGAGGAGUCAGAGGACGAAUCUGAUGAAGAGAAACCAACGACAAUAGCAAUAUCGAAAGUGGCGAUUAAUAAAACACAGAAAAAGGAAGAGUCUUCUAGCGAAGAUUCAGAUGAUUCAGAAGAUGAGGCACCGACAACAGCACCGGCCAAGAAAAUCGCCAAAAAAGAAUCCUUGAACGAAUCUGACUCCAACAACUCCAAUAAAGAGAAGAUGAAAGUUCACACACCAGCUGAGAUGAACAAGGGACAAAAAAGGAAACAUGCUGAUAAUGAUGAAGAAAAAACACCAGCAAAAGCUGCAAAAAAUAACUAUGGCAACUUUGUGAAAGCUAAUAGUAGCUUUAAUGAAAAUAAGGAUGAAGAUGAUAACAGUUUUAAAAAACAAAACGAACGAGGUGGAUUUAGGGGUGGAUUUAGAGGCGGAAGGGGAGGUUUUCGAGGAGGACGUGACGAGGGUGGUCGUGGCGGUUUUCGAGGAGGACGUGACGAGGGUGGUCGUGGCGGUUUUAGAGGCGGACGUUUUAGUGGCGGCGAUCGGGGUGGACGUUGGAGCAACAGUGGUGAUAACGCUGGAUAUAGGAACAACGAUAAUGAUAGGGGUGGUCGCGGAGGUCGUGGUGGUUUUAGAGGUGGUCGUGGUGGUAGAGGUGGCGGUAGAGGUGGUUUCGACAGAAAGUCUUGGGGAGGAAAUAGGGAUAAUGACGGACCCAGAAGAUCAUGGGGAAACAAUGAAAAUAAUGAUAGAGGAAGUUUUAGGGGUGGUUUUGAUAAAAGAAAAUCUUUCGAUAUAGCAGGUCCACCUCAAAAUAAAAGAAUCACUUUUGAUGAUUAAUAAUAAAGAUGUAUAUAAAGAAAGGUGCAAGAGGAUCAUGGGGGGAACGCGCUAAUGAAGUAUUGAAGUUUACAAAGGGCAAGAAGUUUCGACAUGAGA